GCCAUGGCUGCUGCGAAUCCAGCACAACUGCUCCUAGCUGAACUGACUUGUUCGGUGUGUCUGGAUUAUUUUAAAGACCCAGUGUCUGUAGAUUGUGGGCACCACUUCUGCCAGGCCUGCAUCACUCAGUGCUGGGAGGAACUGAGUACAAACUUCCCCUGUCCUGAGUGCAGAGAAAUCUUCUCCCAGAGAAACUUCAAAGCAAACAGACAGCUCAGGAAUAUUGUAGAAGCUGCCAGAAAACUUACACUGGAGUUAACAAAAGAACCAGAAGUUGGGACAGUCUGUGAAAAACACCAGAGGUCUUUAGAUGACUUCUGCCAAGAGGAUCAAACACUCAUUUGUUUGGUUUGCCACCUGUCCCGAGAUCACAGAGAACACACUGUGGUUCCCGUAGAGGAGGCUGCCGAGGAUUACAAGGACCAAAUUCGGAGCCGUUUGGAGAUUUUGAAGAUAGAGAGAGACGCGAUUCUGUCGUUUAAAUUGAGUGGGGAAAAUGAAAGCCAUGAAGUGCUGAAACAGCUGGAAACUGAGAAGCAGAAGAUUGUGUCUGAAUUUCAGCAACUGCACCAAUUUUUGGAGGAACAAGAGCGACUCCUGCUGGCACAAUUGGAAGAGCUGAAUAAGGAAAUUGAAAAGAGCAGGGCUGAGUAUGUUGCCAAAUUAUCUGAGGAAAUAUCUUCUUUCAGUUCCCUGAUCAGUGAGAUGGAGCAGAAGUGCCAGCAGCCAGCGAGGGAAUUCCUGCAGGACAUCAAAGACACCUUGAGCAGAUGCGAGAGGGAGAAGUUUCAGAACCCAGUGGCCUUUUCUUCUGAUUUGAAAUGGAGAAUCUGGGAAUCUUCUCAAAGAAAUGCACCUCUGGAGACCAUAAUGAAGAAAUUCAAAGACUCACUGUCGUCUAGACUGUGGUUGGACAAAGCCAACGUGACUCUGGAUCCAGACACGGCCCAUCCCCAACUCAUUGUGUCUGCGGAUCGGAAAAGUGUGAGAUGGGAACCCUGGCAACAGGAUCUGCCUGACAACCCUCAGAGAUUUGACAAUUGGACCUGUGUGAUGGGCUGUGAGGGAUUCACCUCGGGCCGACAUUACUGGGAGGUGGAGGUGGAGGGGACGGGAGUCUAUGUUGUAGGGGUGGCCAGAGAGUCUGUGAGCAGGAACGGAGGGAUCAGCCCUAACCCUGAGCAGGGGAUCUGGGCUGUGCAGGGCAGAGGGGAUCUCUACUGGGCUCUCACUUCCCCUGAGCAUGGCACCCCUUUGUCCCCUAGCCGGGCAUGCCGCAGGAUCCGGGUUUAUCUUGACUGUGAAGGGGGGUGGGUGGCAUUUUUUGAUGCUGUUCGUGGGGAGCUGAUCGUCACUUUCCCGCUGACCUCUUUGGCGGGGGAAAGAAUCCGCCCGUUAUUCCAGGCUGGUGUUAGUGUGCGGCUCCUCUAGCCCCCACCCCCCUGAUCUCUAUGACCUGGAGGACUCAGCCAGUCUCCCCCUCCACAGACAGGGCUGAAGGGGGGUGACACUCCACCCGUAGCUCUAUGGCUGUGGAGGUCUCUGUGAGGUGCUCUACACUGGGGCUCUAUGCUCCUAGCAGGCCAACUCUUUGUGGAGUCGGGGGAGUCCCACCAAGGAAGGAGGGAGCCCCCCUGUGGGAGAGCGACGAGCCAAGUGCCAGGGAGAGACCCCUCUACUGGGAUGGAGGGGAGAGCAGGGGGAGACCUGGCUGAAGAGGCUGGGCUGGAGGGGACUGACCAGAGGGCAAACCAGGCGUCAGGCGGGGAGAGGUUCCCAGGGGAUCAGGGGCAGGUAUCGCAGGGGAAGCAGAGCUGAGCAGGGAGGACCCAGCUGCACAGACAACGUCCUGCCCCUUGGCUUGGGGGACACAGAGGCUGGGGACCCGUCGGGCCCCCCGGGGUUCCACCAAUCAGAGCCCAGGACUGGAGUCCUCUGCUCCCCUUCAGUGGCUAUUCUAGCAGCGUGAGCAGGACACUGGGUGGUGGAUUCAGACUGACGAGCUCCUAAGCGCCCUGUGGGCCAGCGUUUGAGAUCUGCGGUUCCUGACACAGAGGCAAGGGAGGGAUCAGACACUGAUCUGUGGGCCAGAUGUUUCAAAGGGAUUUAGCCUUUAAAUACCCGGUGCUGUGAGCUCUCUUGUCAGAACAAACAGCUCAAUACCCUGUGUAAUCCCGAAACUCAACCGAGGAAUCGUCUCUUUUCCAGCAAACAUGAAAGAAUUAAGAUGUUGACGUGAUUGUUCCCUUAGACAGUGUUUAUGGCAAAGCUAAUAUUGGCAGAUUGUGUUAUAAAGUUUAAUUGUUGGAUUGACCUUUAUCAGCUAGGGUGUAAAAUUCACUUUCUUUAUGAUUUAACUACGGUUGUAACACUCAGCGUUUUCUGAGGGCUUCAGGGCAGGUGUUGCUUCUUAGAGCUAGGAGAACAAUAUUUUCUCUGCCAAAUUCAUUUUAAAAAUUAAAAAAUUGAAGAAAAUUUUAAAAAUGCUGAUUUGUUUGACAAUUUUGUGGAAUUUUUGCUUACUUGAAAGAAAUUAAACCAAACUUAACAAAAUUUUUCAGUUCUUUG